AUGACUCCAAAUAGAGAAGCAUUGACGACACUUUCGCCCAACCACGAGAUCGACCACAUGACGCAAGCUACCUGCAGAUUGUAUCCAAUCUUCCAGAACACCAAGAAUGGACGCGUCUCGACAACUCCAAAAACGCGCCGCAAAUCGUGUGUUAAUUCCCCAGACAAAUCCAGUCCCAGCAGCAGCGAGUCCUCAAAGCGUGCGCGUGUCUCCCUCAACCCUUCAUCUGGCGUCGGCCGUGAAAACAUAGCGCACUACUUUGCCCCACGUACCCCUCUCCGCCAGGGGGCCUCUGGUGCCAGCUUGGUCAAGGACACGGGCCCACCAGCUCCACCACCAACCAAGUCUGUUCCUAAUGUGUGGCGUAGGCAGCGGCGGCGCCUAGGGCAACCAUCCUCGCGUGGUUUGUUAGGUCCUCACGCACACUCAACCUUCCUCACUUCACUCACAACUGGCAUGUCCAACACUCCUCAUCACCGCCCAAGCAGCAUCACCCUCCCUUCCUUGAACAGCGCGAUGGGCGACCGUGAUCACGAUCCAGCGCUGGUCGUUACCUUCAACAACGCCGCCAAGAUCCUGGCCGGCGAGGAUGCCUCAGCAACCGGGAGGCGGCGUCUUCUGGCCAUUGGAGGCGAGGAAGGCGCAAUCCGGAUUGUUGACGUCGACCAGCCUCUCGAGAGUGACGCGCCCGAUUACUGGUGGAGUGCCCACAACAACGGCAUCUUCGACCUCAAGUGGACCAGAGACGAUGAACGCCUUCGAUCUGUCUCCCGUACGAUCACCAGCCUCGUCUCGCUGGAGUCGAUGCCUGGCAUUCUUGCCUCCGGUGGCUCCUUUGACGGCGUCGUUAAACUCUGGGAUGUUCGCGUUCCCGCUCCCAUGUCCUCUCAGCGUCCCAAGGCCACCUCGGCGGGCGACCUCCCUGACCCAACGGUGUCUGGCGCGAACCCUUCGCGUCGCCCACGGUCCGUGAAUGCUCUCUGCGAGGACCCACGUACUGGCGACCUCUACACCCUCUGUGGCGAUUCCCAGAUCCACGUCCUUCGACCGUCUGCGGCUCACGCUAUGGAUCCAUUCGAGGCGAUUCUGCCCUACAGCGUGUGGUUCUAG